AACUAUGUAAUAAGCAAUCAAUUUCCAAAACGAUUUUAAUUAACUAUAAAACAUCUACCAAUAUUCAGUGGAUCUUAAGUCUAGACAUAGUUGGAAAAUUAGGUUUCUAAAUUACGCUUUACUACAGAUAUGGAAAGGACUUACCGCGUGGGGUUUAAAAACUUUACGUAACAAUUGUUUAAGGGGUAUUGGCAAUGCGACGUCAAGGCGCCAGCCGGGCAACGACCCCUUAUUUGUGACGAUUUCCGAUUUCUAACCUGACUAUGCACUUUGAACUGCAACGAAAAUUUCCUCUUCCUAGAUUCAACGCCAGACACAACCUCCACACGAUCGUCUUACGAGUCAAGCCCUAGUAAGCCUGGGUAAGUCCAAAAUUGUGUGAGUUACUCAUUAUGACGCCGUUCAAUCACAAAAUGUACAACUAAGGUGAUCUACGUGAAAAAUUACAAAGGAAAGGAAAAUGGAAAGUUACCCGGAAAAUGGAAAAUGCACAGAACGAUCACAAACAAAUUUAUUGAAUUUCAGACAGGACGAGUAUCCGAUAUAUUAUUCUUCCAGAUGUUUGUCGAUACCGAAUUCUAAACAAUAAAAAGUAAGUAAAAAAAAAUCAUAAAACGUUUUGAACAUAUCUUUUAAAAAACAAUAUAAACAAUUUAAAUUAACGCGGUGGUAUCAUUACUAAGAAUGUGAAAUUUUUUUCGUGAUGUCAACAGCUGCUAUAUGAAUUAUUUAAAUUAAAUAUCUAUGUUAGUACCACAAAUUUCAUUUUUCUUCACUUACAAGCAGCUGUCAUCUGCUGCAAAUAUCUUUUGAAAAUUAAAAACUCCUAUGCAACUACAUAUUUCCACUUUUGAUAGUUAACGAUAACUAAAAUAGAAUAGUGCCUAUCUACUACUGUUUAGUAAGAUGAUGAAUCUCUGGUCGCGAUCGAUAAACAGAACGGCGCAAGUGAGGGAGAUAUACUCCCCCCUGCAGAGCGUCAGGGGUAUGACGGCGUCGGGUGUAUCCUGGGGGGUGAUGUUUCAUUGAGAAUGUGUAGGCGGCCGCGUGGGCGACCUGGUUAUAAAGCAACGGGGCCCUCCCUCCAGCGUGUAGUCGUGUUCCGAUCGCGCCUAAACUAACAUCGAACUCUGAAAAAUACUCGAGCAACAUGCUUCUUACUAACUUAAGAUUGCUAACGUUAUUAAUUAGCUACUUGAUAGUGCAAGUUAAGACAUACCCAAUGCAAGGAUGGCCUCUGUGGGGACAAGUACCUCGGGAGUACCCCGAUGAUGAAUAUUACUACGCUCCUAAGAUACAAUAUUACUACGAUGCUCCCGCUGUAAAUGUUCCUGAGAUGCACGACCAAGUCCAAUACCCCUAUUAUUACGACCCAAGUGCUCAAUAUUUACAAAACGAAGCACCUCAAAGGCAUGAAGAGCGUCUGGCUGCCUUACCUAUUGGUCAAGAAACUUGGUUCGAAAGCGAUGCUACACCCCGCUGGCAGUCAAGUGAAGUUGAUGAUGUCAGUGCAGCUUUCCUUGACAAUUUGAUACUCACGCAGAUGGCUCAAGACGCACAGAGGCGACGAGAGAACGCCCGCGCCGCUUUCUUGCCUGUCGAUUACGAAGAUAAAGACCUCGAAGAUGAAGAAGUAAGAGAACUGAAAGCGCUUGCCGGUAAACCCCUGUAUCAUGAACCGAAGACUGGUUCCAGAUUCGAGGACGAUGAUUAUACCGCAGACGAUUCGUUUAUUAACUGGAACGGAAACAAGAGAAGUGUCACUACUGCAGCACCAGUUUCCACAACGACGGAACCAAAGGUCGGUGACAAGGAAGUAAUGGUUCCGCGACCACCUCAAAAUCAUCAAGCGCACCAGAAUAAACAAAUCAAAAGGAAUAACUUCUAUGAGACUAUUGCGGAAUUAUUGGCGAACAAAUCAUUGAAUACCAAUACGAAGGUAAGAAUUUCUUAUUUUGUUUUUUUUUGCAUAAUUUUUUUUAUAAUUUUCAAUUUUAUUGUUGAACCUAUUUCUUGGGAGCAUCGAAACUUCAAAGUGUUUCAUAAUGGUUUAUUCAAAACUCACUUGAGUGUGGGCGAGUCCCGAUAUCUAAAAAUAACACAGCCGGGCUGAGGGUGGCGGGUGACACGGUCGGCUUAAAGGCCGGGUCAAACGAGGAGGGGGUACCAAAGACCACUAAAUCUGUAUAUGUAGUUAUUUCCUGUUCGAUCACUGACUUAAAUGUUUUAUUUUUAAACCGGUAUCCGAAUUAAAUGUUUUGUUUUGUUCUCAGGAGUCCCUGAAGGAAAGAAGGAUUGAAAAACGUUUCGUGGCCGACGAUUCCGAUCUGGUGGUAGAACUACGGGGAUUAAAACAUCGCAUCGCAACAUAAGUCGGGAAAUUUACUUAUCGCCAAUAAUUAUGAGACUGAAUAUUAUGUAGAGACCUUCAAAAAACCGCCAGCAGCGAAAACGGAGAAACCGGACUACACAUCAUUGUAUUCUAUGUAGUUUACAAUCUAUGUAUCAUCAAUCUCAUUUGCGGUUUUACAUAGUUAUUUAUAAAUUGAAAAUUAAUGCUAAAUCUUUGACAAGUUUUGCCUAAAGGUUCGAUCGAUUUAUAAUUAUAUAACUAUUAUUAAUAGACUUGCUAAAGGCGAAGCUAAUUUUGAAAUGAAUUGGAAAUAAUUGUAGAAUAUGUGAUUAUAAUCCCCAUUUUAACGAUUCAUUGACUGUGGUAAAGUAGUUCUUACUAGAUAAUAUAAUAUUUAUUAUUUACUUAAACGGUUGUUCCCAUAACUGGCAGCUACAAAACUGCACCGUGCGUGCUUUGUAAAUAUAAUUUAAUAUAAGAUAUACUACUAUUAUUUAGAUAGAAAUCAAUGUAUCGUACAGUUUAAUGUCGUCUUAACAGUAGACAACUAAUUUACAUUUUCAUAGGCUUUACAAUCUCUGUUAAACUUAUCUUUAUAUUGUACAAAAUCUAUUGUCAAAACAGCGACAUACUGUUUACGGAAUUACAUUUUUUGAAUUAUUUUUUUUGUGAUGAAAAAUAUGUAGUCUAUGCUGACAAUACAUACAAUACAAACAAUUUGCAAAGCAAAACAAAUAUUAUUGACAAAAUUUUAUGAAUUUAUCUGUAAGAUAUAAACGAAUCUCUCGCCAAAGAGAGGAUUAAGUGAUACUUUCAGCUUUACAGCUUCUUAACUAACAUGUAUUUAAAUACGUACAAGGCCUAAGAGGCUAGUAACUUAAUUAUAGAGAUUGCGUCCUUUUCAUUUCCUUUAUGAAACCUCGUAAUAAUACAUUUUUACUUUAUGAUCAAACUUUAAUGUACUACAACUCCCAUAUACUUAUUGUAGGACUAACUAUUGGAAAUUACAUAUCUAUAUUGACUUAGCUACAACCUAAGAUCACAAUGUUAUAAUUACAUUAUUCAUUCAAAUUUGUUAUCAUAUUUCGACUUCCAAUAAUCCAUAUUAUAUAUUAUUCCAAUAAUACAUUGUCUUAACCAUUAACAUACUCCGUGGUUGAAUUACUUUGUUUACUGUAAAAACUGUUCUGUGGAUGUUAAAAGCAAAUUACAAUAGUAGUUAAUAAGCGAAGGUUAAUGUUGUGAUUCCCUAAGAUUAUACUCACCCGUUAAUGAAUACAGGUAGACAGUGACGUAGAACUAAAUUAUUCUUCGUAGAAGGAUCGGUUAUGACUCCUGGCUGAUGUGCAAAUAUUGCUCAGAAAACAUUUCAACAAUAAAUAUGUGCACGAAGACGUACCUGCGAAACGUUGUGUGUGUUUAUUGUAGUUUUAGGAGAAACUCGUGUAUUUUUAAUAGAUAGGUAUUUUUUAAAAUUUUUGCCUACUCGUUACUGGGAUGUACUCAUAGAUGAUUGUCCGAAUCUUACCGUUAGUGAAUUACGAUAAAAUUGUAUCAAUGUACUUUAAUUAAAAUAAAAUUACAUCGGAAUAACAAGAGCACAAA